AGGACAAAAUUUUCCAAAUUUUGCGUUUCAAACCCCCCAAGACUCUCCGUCUUCUCUCUUCCACCACCCCCAGACACGACGCGAAACGCUCGACCCGACCUGAGUUUUCCUGUCCUCCGGCCGCGGAUCAGAGGCAGACCGACUCGGCGCGGCCUCCCCGUCUUCCCCACGGCGUCGCCUCACCCCGGCGCCACUGCCAGAGUCCAGACCGAGAUCGAAACACCCACAGUCGCGCAAAACGGGAGCGGCUGGAAAACGUCUUUCCCGGCAUCCCCUCGGCGAUUGGUUGGCAUUUUUGGAAUCGUCUCCCCCACUAGAUCAUCCCCAUACCCGCCUUUCAUCACGAUUUGGAGUGUAGAGCGCUAGAUCAAGCGCGGACGGUCCACAGUGAAUCUGGGUUUGAAAUCAACGGUCGUGAUUAAUCCAAAUUCAAAGCUUGAUCUAGAACAAUCUAGACCGAAUCUCGCUUAGCUCCAGAAGAGGAUCUGCUAGACAUUGGUGGCUGUACUCUUGUUCCAUUUUCUUCCCAUUCCUCCUUGACUGCAGAUAGGUGAUUGACGGAUCAUAUUGGUGGACGAUUUGAGAUCAUUAUUUUUGGGCUGUUAAGAAGACGCAGCGGGACCAGAGGUGAUGGAUCUUCAGAGAGGCAGUGUUAAAGGCAGAGGCAGGUUUCCCCUUCAGAAGGAGUUUUAUCAGGAAGAUGAAGUGGAAGCACCGCUUUUGGUGCAACCUGUUUUGCCUGUUUUUGAGGGCAUCAAUACUACUUGCCUAUCUUGGGUGACUGAGGAAGUUACGAGAUUGGGGGCAAUCACAUUUCCUGGUGGUACAGAUUAUAUGCUAGCCGAAUGCUGGAUCGAGAACAUGGAGACCUAUUUUAAAAUGAUUAUCUGUACUGACGUUGAGAAGUGGAUAGUAGCUACAUUUCUCCUCCAGGAUGAGGCAAAACAAUGGUGGAAUUUUGUACUGAAGACAAAGGAUAUAGCCACCUUGACCUGGAAAUGUUUUGUGGGACUCUUUCGAGAUAAGUAUUUUCCGGCUUCAGCGAGGGAGCAGAUAGAGUUCGAGUUCAUUGCUCUAACACAGGGGGCCAUGACGGUGAGAGAAUAUGAGACACGGUUCACCCAGCUAUACAGGUUCGUUCCGCAGAUGGAUGCUCGAGCCUUGGCUAAGAAGUUCUUAAGGGGACUAAAUCACAGGAUUAGGGAAAUAUUGCAUCCCUUUCGGUUGGCUACCAAAGCAGACAUCUUUGCUAGUGCCAUGGCCCAUGAACAAGCGGCCAACAUCUGUGCAAGUGAACAGGGGGCUGUGAGGGAAUCCCCCGGAAAGGGGAAGGCGAUUGUAAGGAGCAGCAGUUCCAGGGAUCAUGGAAGUGGGUCAUGGAAGCGACAGCGAACUUAUUUCCAUCCACAGGCCCUAGCCAGGAUAGGUUAUCAGCACCAGGCCCCAGCUAGGGCAGCAUCAGCUCUAUUUAAGGCUUUACCUGUGAGACAGGCAGCACCAGCUGCACCUGCUGCACCAGCUGCACCUGUGAGGUGCUAUAACUGUGGUGAGCAUGGCCACAUCUUUCGUGCGUGCACGAAACCGCGUGGCAGAGUAUGCUACAAAUGUAAGGCGAAAGGGCACUUUGCCAGGGAGUGUACCCGAUCUCAGGGUAGGGUACAGGGAAACCAGAAGAGGCUACUACCAUCGGCACCGGCUAGAGUCUUCGUUAUUGGCCAGAGAGGCACUGAGGCGGAAGGAAAUGAUGGAGAAGCAUGAAAAUGAAAAGUCAAUUUCAGCACAUUUUCAUACUCCGGUUAGGGGAAAGCGAGCUAAACAAGGAAGGAGGGGCGGCAGUCUAAUCAAAUGAACUCCAAAUGAGCUGAAACUUUUCAAAUCCAUUCCAGACAUCCUAAGGAUCAUUUCUGAUGAAUAAUUUAAGAGUUAUUUCAGAGUAGAAAGACUUCAAAAGAUCAGUCCAAGUUUCUGCCUAAAAGACAAAAAAAAAGUUGCAAAGGAGGACCUGUACAGAUUCCUAGUCCUCCUGUAGCAAUUCCGGCAAAACCAUGGUGCCAUAAAUUCUGAAAUUUUACCUGAAUAAUCUACGCUUAUCAAUGAACAUUUGGUAUGAAGAAGUCAAAGGCAAAAUCCGAAAUCUUGGUGGAGAUUUAAUUGAAGGAAAAAAGGAAAAGAAAGUUCUCAUGCUUGUCAUCUUGACUUUGGUGAUCCAAGACUACUCAAAUACUCUUCAUUUUCAUGUUUUCUAUGCACAAUAAAGAGAGCAGCUGCUCCUCUCUUCUCCUCUGGCAUCAUUUUCUACUCUACACUCUCAUAGCUUAUCAUUAUUUCCCUAUUUUUACUCAAUCUCUCCACAAAACCUCUAUUACCACCACCACAACCUUCAUCAUCUUUUCCAUCUACUCAUUCCAUUUAACAGACAAAAGGCUUCACCACUCCACCAUUUCACCAUUGAUCAUCUCUACAUCUCAUAUUUCAUCAUCAACUUUUGAAAAAAAAAAAGAGGAGUCUAGCAUUACUUGAGGAAUCAUCAU